AGAAGGUGGAAUUGUCUCACCCUAAUUUUAAGUUUAUAUUUAUAGCCUUUAGUAUUUAAUUUAGGAAACUUUAACGGCCAAUUAUCCUACUAAAUAUAGAUCGAUCAAGUACCUGCCCGUUGUACCUGUCUGCCUUACCCUGCGAUUAACUUGUACAGGAUCCAGUACCGUAGAUCCCGCAGAAUCAUGAGGAUCUGGGCGUGGGGCGCAAAUAGCAAUGCUCAACUCGGUUUAGGAUUUGACUCCGAGCAAGAAUCAGUCCCCACAGAGGUCAAAUUCGCCCUCUCUCAAUAUCAUAAUGAGCUCUUGAGAAAUGGCGUGCUGAAUUUAAGUCCGAGAGCGAUAUGUGGAGGAGCUUAUCACACCCUUUGUCUCGUCAUCGUUAGUCAAGCUAAAGAUUCGGAGACGGAGACGGAGGCGGAACCAGAGUCACAGGAAAAUGCGUUGGAGGAUUCACCACCACCACCACCACAAGGAGGAACUUAUCCUUUGGAAAUUAUCAAAGUUUCUGACACCUUUGAAAUCCUAUGCUUUCCUCUGGUUGAGGACCAACAGGAACAUAUCGCUGCGGGAUUCAACACCAAUUUCUACCUUUUUCGAGACGGGGAAAUGAAAUCAUUCGGGGACAACAAUUACAACCAAUUAGGGCGAAAAAUUAGCGCAGAAGAGAUCAAACAACAGGAAAAGAAGGGAAGAGUUAAGAAGCCAAAUUAUACUGAAUUAUGGGGUCGGCUUAAUUAUGAAGAAUAUGCCUCACUCAACUUAGAGCUUCCAUUUUUUGCAACAAUUUCCGUUGGUUUGAGACAUGUUGCAGCCAUUAGUUUAGGCAAAGAUGUAUAUAUCUGGGGCGAUAAUUCCAAAAAGCAAACCGGAAUUUAUCGCGUCACACCCGCAGGAUUGGAAGAAUAUCCCACUCGAGUCGAAAUACCAACAAAAAUUCAAUUUCCGCCCGGUUUCUACUUCACCCACGUCGCUUGUGGGAAGGACUUUACAAUCGUCGUGCACGAAUCUGGAUGUCUCUUUGGUUGUGGGCAAAACAAAUAUGGAGUUCUUCUGCAUGCCCCACAGGAUAUUAAAGAAUUUGGAAAAUUCUCGCAUAUCUUUGACCGAUUAGUAGCAGAUCCAGACAUUGACAUUAGUGAUAUUCAGUGUGGGUGGCGACACGUCGUGGUGCUAUUUACCGAUGGGAAAGUAAUAUCUUGGGGGAGGAACAACUUUGGUCAACUGGGACGACCAAGCAUCAAUCCAGAUUUUGAUGUUGAGCCAGGUUUCGUUAAUUUUCCUGAGAGGGUUAUCUCCAUCAAGUGCGGAAGUGAGCAUAACCUUGCUCUUACAAUCACUGGAAAGGUCUACGCGUGGGGUUGGAAUGAACAUGACAACUGUGGCGUCAAGAUUUCUUCUAAACGAGCAGAAGAAGUAGAGGAACCACAAACAAUGGAAACUUCUGGACGUGUUGGAGUCAAAGUUGAAGAAAAAGCAGCACAUUCCUCGUCAUCAUCUUCGUUUGCUCCACUUCCGAAGAAAAAGGACUGCAUUUUAGUUCCUACUUUGGUCCAAUUUCCAGAGAAUGUUCCCAUUUCAGUGAUUGGUUGUGGGUCGGGGAGCUCGUUUGCUAUUUCUUUGUAAACUCAUACUUGUCAAUUUUUGUUGCCAUGUCAUUGGUCAUACGUUCUUGCUAUUUUUUGAGACUUUCUAUUUUUCUAAGCAUGCAUAAAAUACUAUUUUUGA